AUGAAAUUCUCAACCAUCGCCAACUUUGGAGCUUCGCUCAUGUCUCUGGCGACCUCUGUUGCCGCGUUUGAUCCCGCUGGCUCCAACAAUGUCGUGCUCUAUUGGGGCCAGGCCUCGGCCGGCUCUCAGGAGCCUCUGGGCUCGUACUGUGAGUCCAACGCCGCCGACGUUUACGUUGUCUCGUUUCUCAACUCGUUCAACGGUAACGGAGACCUCACUCUAACCAUUUCCGGCUGCAACGACAACUUUGCCGGCGGCCUGGCCAACUGCCCGGCCAUUGCCGCAGACAUCAAAAAGUGCCAGAGUCUGGGCAAAAAGGUGUUCAUCUCGCUGGGCGGUGCCGUGGGAUCGUACGGCUUCACUUCGGACGCCGGAGGAGCCAACUUUGCUGACACUCUGUGGAACACCUUUGGCGGAGGUACCGCGGCCGAACGACCAUUCGGAGACGCCAUUGUUGACGGUUACGAUCUGGAUAUCGAAAACCAACAGCAAAUGGGCUACGUGGCUCUUGUCAAGCGUCUUCGAGAACACUUUGCCUCCUCCUCCGGCCAGUACUACAUCUCUGCCACCCCCCAAUGUCCCUACCCCGAUGCGUCUGUUGGAGAAGCUCUUGCCGGCGCCGACAUCGACUUUGCCUACGUCCAGUUCUACAACAACUACUGUGGAGUCAACAACCCCGGCCAGUUCAACUUUGACACCUGGGACAACUUUGCCAAAACCGUGUCGCCUAACAAGAACAUCAAAAUCUACCUUGGAGUGCCCGGAGCCGUCUCGGCUGCCUCUACUGGAUACAUUGAUGGAGCCACCCUCAAGUCCUACGUCGACAAGGUCAAGCAAUACUCGUCGUUUGGCGGAAUCAUGAUGUGGGAUGCUUCUCAGGCCUUCCUUAACAAGGAAGGCGGCGUUUCCUACGCUCAGAUUGCCAAGAAUGCACUUGGAGGUGCUGGUCCCGUUGUUUCUGUUGCUUCGACCCCAGUUGUUUCUGUUGCUUCUUCUUCUGCCUGGGCUCCUUCUUCUGCCUCUGUCUGGACCCCCGAGUCUUCUUCUGCUCCUGCUCCCGCUCCUUGGGCUCCUUCUUCUGCUCCUGCCCCUGCUCCUUGGGCUCCUUCUUCUGCUCCCGCUCCUGGUGCUCCCGCUCCCGCAGUCUCUUCUCCCGCUCCUUGGGCUCCUUCUUCUGCUCCCGCUCCCGCUCCCGUCUCAACUCACACCCCCGACAACGGUAUGUGGAAGCCUGAGAAUGGUCCCUCGGUGGUGUCGUCGCUGGCUGCUCCCUCGGGUCCUGUUUUUGCCGCCGAGAGCGGCUCAGUUGAGAGCGGCGUGGAGGCUGAUACCACCGUCACCGAGCAGCACACUGUGACUUCUGUUGGCGAGACCGUGACCACUACCGUUCCCACUGCUGUUGAGACUUCUGAGAUUUCUUCUGCUGCUGAAGCUGCUGCUGAGACCAGCUCCAUUCCCGAGUCAUCUCCCUCUUCCUCCAAGGCCAAGCACACCGUCUACCACACCACCAUUGAGUCCGUGUACAUUGACACCACCGUGGUGAACGUUCCUGGUCCUUCUCCCACUUCCGAGGGUGUUUCCACUUCCGAGGGUGUUGCUGAGGGUGUCGUUCCUUCUUCUGGUGCUUCCCCUUCUUCUGCAUCUCCUUCUGGUGCCUCUCCUUCUGUCUCACCUUCUUCUGUCGCGUCUCUGGCUGCUCCCUCCAACCCUGCGUUUGCUGCCGAGUCUGGUGAGAUUAAGAACAAGUCUGAGAACGCCGCUUCUGGUACCUCUUCUGUUGCUGGAGCUCCCUCUUCUGCUGCUGGCCCCGCCCUCUCUGCCUCUCCUGCUCCUUCUUCUUCCGCCGAGCUCACUACCACCACCACCUCUUCUGUCUUCACCACCAAGACCCUUACUGGUACCACUGUGAGCGUUUCUGGCGAGGCUGCUGCUGAGGAGACCUCUGAGAGUAGUGCUGAGACCCCUGAGGCCUCUCAAACCUCUGAGUCUGCGCCUGUCUCUUCCGAGACUGCUGUUGAGACCACUCCUAUCUCUUCUGAGGCUGCUGCUGCUGUUGAGACUGGUGCUUCCGCUCCUGCCUCUUCCACUCCUGCCUCUUCCACUCCUGCUCCUGCCUCUUCCGCCCCUGUCUCUUCCGCUCCUGCUCCCGCUCCCGCCCCCAGCAAGGUCUCCAAGGUCGCCCCCUCUGACCUCCUAUCCCAGGCUACUACCGUUUCGGCCUCCGCCACCGCCGCCACCAUCUCUCUGGCUGACUCGGCUCCCCAGAAGACAAUUUCUCCCGAGUCCGCCCACCCCCCUUGUGACGGCAAGCAGGGCAACGACCUAGCCAAGUGUCUCAACGGCAUCUACGGCAACCAGGAGGUGAUUUCCAAGCUCUCGGUCCAGGACAAACAGAAGCCCGUUCCUACUGAUGCCGCUGCUAGCGAGGCCGCUGCUCCUACAGGUGGAGCCACUGCUAGCGAGGCCUCUCCUUCCCCUGCUUCUCCUACUGACGCCGGAAAGCCUGCCGAAAAGCCUGCCGAAAAGCCUGCCGACAAGCCUGCCGAAGACCCCGCUGAAAAGCCCGCUACUUCUUCCGCUGCUUCUUCUGCUGCUUCUGCCUCCGCCCCCACCUCUGCUGCUGACAAGCCCUCUUCAGACACCCCCUCUACAUCCAAACCUCUGGCUGACUCCGGAUGUACCGAGGGCGAGGUGGGAUGUUCUCCUGCUGGCGAGUUCAUCAUGUGCAACUUCAACAAGUGGGUGCACUUUGCCUGUCCCCCCACCACCACCUGUUUCGCCAUUGCCUCGGGCAAGAACGCCGUGGUCGGCUGCAACUAUAUCGACGCCCCCAUUCCUCUUAUCAAGCGAUCUGAUCAGUCUCUCAUCUCCCACAGACCUCCCCCUACUCUACAGCAGCGACGACAGAACAACGUUGAUGUCUUUGCUAUGCUCAAGUAG